UAUCUUUGCAGAUGAAUGUCUACUAGCAUGUCAGCAAACGUUGCCAUUCUUUCCAUAGUGUUCUUCAGCUGUUUUCGCUUUGCAUUGACGGAAGAUGGAGAACGAUGCGGAUUGCAGGAAGAGAGAAAAGUGAACGAGUGCCUUCAGCCGAUGCUAGAUUAUGCGGCUAAGCUUCAAGCAGACACCGGAGCAAUGCAAUUUCCACUACAAGGAGGAGAAGUGUUCAAGAAGUUAUGCUCUAUUUACUCGGAAUUCAAGACUUGUGUGUCAGAACUCACUUGCGAUUCGCUUUCGGUAGAUGCAGUAGACGCCAGCUAUGGUUAUAUGUGUGGCGCAGGACAACCACUAUUCGAACAACAUGCUGCUUGUUUUGCUAGAGUUGAGAUUGAAAAAUCGUACGUCAGCUGCAAAACCGCUGCUACACAAGCAAUAACUGAAGCGCAAGAAACAAAGCUGCAAUCCGGCUCAACGGAAGCAUACUUGGCGGAAAUGUGUCGGGCAAUGGACGGGUAUCUUCGGUGCUCUCACCCAAUAAUCUUGGAAAAAUGCGGAGCAGAAGCCUGGAGACUGGUGUCUACAGUUACGAGGGACAGUCUAGGUGUCACGAUGCCCGACUGCGAUAUGCGAUCGGCUUUGAUCUGAUUAUUUUUGUUUCAUUAGUUGUUGUACCACACUGCAGAUCUCAGCCGUUUUAGUUUUUCGCGGCGUAUC